AUGGCGUUCUCUAGAUGGCCCUCGUGUUUGGUGGUUCUUCUGCUCAUCGCUAGCUCGUGCCAAGCUCAACAAGUGAUUCGGCUUGGGUUCCUCCUACCGUAUCCUGAUGGCGACUCCGCCGUUCCGCAACGACUCGCCGACGAAUGGAUCUCCGCCGUCCGUGUGGCUCUGGAGGUGCUGGGACCCCAGUACGAGAACAACUUCGUCGUCGAGCCGUUCGUCCAAAACUCCGCAUGCGACGCCGAAGUUGCCGCUCAGGCUGCACAGCGGCUAGUCUACACGAACGUGGUCGGCGUAGUGGGUCCGGCGUGCUCCGAGGCCGUGAAGGGUGCGAACCCCGUGCUCAAGGCGGCCGGAAUUCCGUUUGUCUCCUUCGCCGCCACUGCCGACGGCUUCUCCAGCGACGUCGAGUACCCCACCUUCUUCCGCACUGUCUUCCCCGACGCGGACCAAGCGGUCGCCAUUAAAUCCGUCAUCGAGCACUUCAACUUCGACCAGAUUCACCUCUUCUAUUCGGACGAGAUUUACGGCACCUCGCUCGCUAAGGGCAUCAGGAACAUCUUGGGCGGGCAGCGCGUGCUGCAGCCGAUCAAGGUGUCGUACCCCGUGGACCCCUCGGCCCUCGACCAGCACUUCGCCAACAUGAAGCCCAGCAACGCGUCCGUCUGCGUCUUCGCCACGCUGCCCAACGUCGCGGAGGCCCUGUGGGAGACGGCGUUCCGGCUGGGCCAGACCAAGUUCCCGUACUGGUACCUGGGAGCUGAUGGCGCCGUUGCAUUUGACCUCGUUGGUGAAGGCAAGGACCUAUCCAACCUCACACACGCCUUGCAGGGAGAGAUUGGCGUCGGGCCUUACAAGGGCAACUACCAUCCGCGCACGUCGCCCUUCAACCAGUUCAAGGACUUCUGGGCCACCAAGACCCACGAGGAGUACCCUGGCCUGCUCACGCUCGACGCCUCCCCCCGGUUCACCGAAGCCCGAGCCUACGUCACCAACCUGAUUGACUCCAUCUGGGCAUUCUUUGAAGCUUUCAAGUCGAUUGUCGUUGACCAAGGCAAGGAGGUAACGGCGCCGCUACUGCUGGACUGCUUCCGAGGCAUCCCCUCGCAGUGUGUGGCGUUCAACGGCGCCUCUGGCACCGUCUCGUUCAACAGCACCACAGGGGAGAGGCAGACGGAGGCCUCUGCGCCCCAAUACGGGUUCUACAACCUCAUUGACGUCACCUGGAAGGAGAAGAGCAAGUGGGUGCUUGGCAGCUACGACAUCAACCCCAACCUGGACUACAUUGAGCGCCCGGGCCCACUGCCGCCCACUUGGAAGGUGGAUCUCAUGAAGCAGAUGGCCGCCCAGCCUGCCAUCAUCCCGGGCGGCAUCAACAAGCCGCAGGAGAUUUCAGACACUUUUGAUGACCUGCCCGGUGCCAAGGAGAAGGAUUACAAUACCACCACUGCCAAGGCGCCUGCACCCUCUGGUGGUGGCGGCGGGCCGAGCACGGGUGCCAUUGUUGCUCUCGUGCUGGUCAUUAUCGUCGCCAUUGGAGUGCUCGGAUACGGUGGAUGGUAUUGGUACAACCGCAACUACCGCCACCCCGAGCACCAGACGUUUGUUCGCAUGCUUUAG